AUGGGAGAGAUAGAAGGAACAUACAGAGUCUUGCAGACUCCUGGCUCCCGUUUGGGUGUCCAGAAGACCAUGGGAGUGAGCACCCUGGAGCCAGGGCAGAACCUCUCCACUGCAAUGGCAUCACUGCCUGCCAAAAUGCACGAGUGUGACCUACCAGUCAAAAUAAAGAUGCUGGACAACACGGUGGAAGUCCUUGACAUUGAGUCAAAAUGUUAUGGACAGACAUUAUUGACUGAAGUUUACAAACAUUUGAACUUGAUGGAAUCAGACUAUUUUGGGAUUGAGUUCCAGAACAUCCAGUCAUAUUGGAUUUGGCUGGAACCUAUGAAACCUGUUAUUAAACAACUACGGAGACCAAAGACCACGAUGCUUCGUCUAGCUGUAAAGUUUUUCCCUCCAGACCCGGGUCAGUUGCAAGAGGAAUAUACUAGGUACCUGUUUGCAUUGCAAAUCAAAAGAGACUUGGCAGAGGAACGACUGACCUGCAGUGACAAUACAGCUGCUCUUCUGGUCUCUCACCUUCUGCAAU